AAAACAGUUUGCCCUGACUUUUGAUGAUGGACCGACCAGCAAUGUCUCUGCUAUUUUGGAUAUGCUUAAAGACAACAAUGUCAAAGCAACCUUUUUCGUGAAUGGCAAGAACUUUGCAGAUCUUGCCCUUGAACCUUAUAUCUCUAUUCUCCGUCGUGCACACACUGAAGGACAUCAGAUUGCCUCUCAUACACUUACCCAUCCCGAUCUGACUUCAUUGAAUGCAGCUCAAAUGUGGACCGAAAUGUCCCAGAACGAUAUUUUGAUUCGCAACAUUAUUGGUAAAUCACCCGUUUACAUGCGUCCACCAUAUGGUAGCAUAAACGCGCUUGUUCUGAGUGCCAUGGCAACUUGGGGAUACCAAGUAGUGACCUGGAAUCUCGACUCGGGUGAUUGGGCCCACAAUAACGAUUCCAACAUGAUUGCUGAGAACGAUGCUAGUUAUGCCAAUGACAUGGCUGGACAUCCUAUUCCGGCCACACCAUUCAUUUCUCUACAGCACGAUUUUGUUAUAAACGAGAUUAAUUGGGCUCUACAUGUCAUUACCAAGUUUAAAAAUCUUGGUUACAGUUUUGUAACAGUUGGCGAAUGUCUUGGCGUUCCUGCUUCCCAAUGGUACCGAUAGUUUGACUGGUUGAUACAUUUUCAAUAAACUCUGCAUGCUACUU